AUGAAGAAAAAAAAAGCUGAAAACAUAUGCUCUGCUUUCAUCCGCCUUACAUAUACAGUGAUAAAUAAAAGAGGAGUUCAUAGGAGGUUUUAUCAAGACUACCGUGAUUUCAUUAGUGUCAACUGUACAUUUAGGGAGAACAGCGAGGAAUCUCCGGCAUUCGUGCAGGAGCCAGCCGGAUUUAUCUCUUCAUUGAGAAUCACAAGGAGGGUGGAAUUUAAAAACAACUCUCGUACGCAGAACAUGCCAUCAGACACUGUCGGUAAUAACCGAAAGAAGAAAAUAGUGACUGAACGAAAAUCUUUGCCACCUCUUAUGUCUCCAUCUCCGACGAGCCCAAUUCACAGGAUGUCGAAGUUGUUCACAUCGCUGUUUGCCAAGGAGCGUAAAGUCGACUUGCGAAGAAAGUGGUCGGCCACAUAUAAUAAAAUGAUCGAGCUUUCAAAAGUUCUCGAGGAAAACGAAGAGUUACCGGGAGCACGAGUGUUUAGCACACGCGUCUAUGAUCUGGUCAUGGACAAUGCCAAGAAUACAUCGGCAAAUCAUGUUCAGGUGGAUAUGCCACCUUUCCUUAAAAAAGUAUUCGAUCUCGUGAGCUCCUUCAAAGGAGGGUCGUCUUCUCGAAUUCUCAGCCCAAGGAUUGCUCCUGUGGUUCCGCAAAUACGUCCUCGUAAAGGUGUCCUCUCUCCAUCAGUAUUUCCUUUCUACAACGACGAAAGAGAGGAACAAAUACUACCUAUUCCUAAGGUGUUGAGGAACUUAGACUCAUUUGCCUUGGGAAAAAAGCUAUUAUCAGCAACCGAGAGGAUUGGAGAGCGCUUCGAGAAGCUACGAAAUUCCUUGUCAAAUGUUCAAAAGAAGGAAAUGGAUAAAAGAGGCUUCACCUUCUUGGAACCGACACAGAUGAAAAAACUUUACAAAAUGCGAGAAGACAUCAGUUUUUUCGUUGAUUUAUCGAAUAAUUUGGGUACCCACCAUACCCACCAGAGUGCCUCAACUCGUUCUUGUAAUCCACCAGAGUUGCCAAUAGAUCUCGAAAGACUGAAAGUGCCUGAAGUUGGGGCAAUGCUAGACGAGUACGAUGCAUUGCCUAAAGAACACCGUGAAGAAACUCUAUGGGAAGCGAUUGCAAAAAUUGCUGGCAAAACGCAUCGCCGCAAACGUCAAAUCAGUGUACUGACACCAUCCAUCCUCAGUCCUGUACUAUUCUCUCCUGUAUUUGGCGCUAGCAUACUCGGGCCCGUCGCACUUUCGCCAAGUGUCUUUUCUCCGGUAAUUUUAGCUCCAUCUGUUCUGUCACCGGUCAUGCUUUCACCGAGUGUAGGUGUUCCAGUCAUACUUUCCCCAAGCGUUCUCUCGCCAUCUGUUUUAAAUCCAGGAUUCUUAAAUGUCGCUGUCUUGUCACCUAGUGCGCUCGCACCAUCUGUUCUUAGCCCAGAAGUAGCUAGUCUAUCAAUCUUAAGUCCUUUCGUACUCUCACCCUCCAUCUUGUCCCCUGCAGCACUUGCAGGCUCUGUGCUUUCUCCUGGUGCCUUGUCACCGAACAUUCUUGGUAGGGGUUUUCUCAUAGCAACCGUACUGUCUCCAUCGUUUUUAUCAUGUCAACCAAUGCCUGUUAAGGAAAUAGGGAAGCACACCUUUCAAGCAAAAAAAAUGUUUCGUAAUUAUCGCUUUUUUUCGAAAUUUCUUUUUAAUAAAUAG